AUAUAUUCCUCCUAAAGAUCGGAUUACAUCGACCGAUUAUAUUUUGUUCCUGUAGUUUUGAAAAUUUGCCGUUAUAUCAAUCAAAAAGAUGCUUUGUUGUAAAGAAUUUUAAAACAGCUGUUUUCGCCCGCACGAAAGCUCAUCAGCAUACAGUAUACAUUUAUGGUAUAGUGACGAUAGUAUUGCAUGCCAUGAUUUCAUCGUACCGGUAUGGUGCUUCCCAAAGCUCUCGUCAACAAUAAUUAAAGUAUCAAAAUAUUGUGAAAUUUAAGGAACUCCGCUUUCCGAUCCGAUCCGACUGUUACUUGUUACUGUUUUGUGAGACAUGGAGGGCGAAACAGCUCCGAAUGAAUCUUCUCCGUCUCUGAACGUUCUGUGUGGCAUCUGUAACGAAUUCUACCGGGCAAACGACAUUAUUUUUUCCACUGCCAGUUGCGGCCAUGUAUUUCACAGGGAGUGCCUGACGCGCUGGCUUGGAAGAUCCCCGACGUGUCCCCAGUGCCGGGCCACUUGCCAUCGGAACCGCAUUCAUCGAAUUUAUCUAAAUUUCGCCGAGCGCACGGAGCUCGACGACCAAGAGCCACCAAAGCAGCCUGUUCAAUGGGUACCUAUGGACCUCGACAUUAACAGUUCCCGGGACGCAUACAACGCACCGGAAGGUGCCAUUCAGUGUGGCACAGAUGAGGAUGGUCUGCCCACAUAUGUAGCCCGUGGCUACUUCAACGACGAUCUGCUGCCAGCGAGCUAUGCGCCCCAGAAGAAGGCAGCGUUUGGCUCUUGGAGCUGCCGCUCCUAUAGGCUUAUCGAAGGGGUGGAGGUCCUGGUGUUGACCGACUGCGAUCACGAGUGGGUACCUGGUUCCAUUGGCAGUUACCCCCCAAACGCACUACCGACAGGUUAUUCCGAGAUUGGCGAGGUGACGUACACUGGACUCGGCGUUUACGAAGGCAUCAAGAGACUGGGAAAAGUGCAUCCCUCCCACAAGGUCAUGUACAUUCCGCACCGCGGACAGGAGGUGAACACAUCUAGCUAUGAAGUCUUGGUGGUUACACCUCGCGUAGAAGUGGAAUCUCCAUCCCCAUCGUGAGAUGAAUCGAGAACCUCUCGUACAGUGUCGUAUAUGUAGAGUGAAUCAGUGUUGACUGUGCAUGGAUAGAUAACCCAAAUAAAAAUAAAAUACAGUUGCUGGAUAACCUGCUACCCCGAUUCGUACUGCAUCUUUAUGUAAUAGUUUAUUAUAUUCAAAUCUGUUAAACAUAGCGUAUGUAUGUGUAUUCCGAUUAGUGUUUGUAUCAUAUACGCAUGCUGAGAACUGUUUUGUGUUAUCCCCGAACAUGGUUUUAGCUAUAGAUAUGACUACGUUGUAACUAUACAAUCAUAUUCGUAUUCCUCACUAUCCUCUACUUUCUGGCUGCCAUUGUUGUUUCAACAAAGGGCCUUACAAAAUGUUCUUUAAAAAUAGCUUUAGUUGUAUGCAUGAUGUGUAUAUUUUGUUUAAUAAAUUUGCUGAAUCUGCACAG